UCGCUGAAUGUAUAAUGUGACUGCUGCUGUACCUUUCUUAUACUCUUUUUUUACUAUUUGCUAUACACAACGAGCAGUUUUUUCUGUAUCCAUAUUGGUUCGUCUGCUACUAAGAUCAAAUCACCGUCACUUUAUCAGCACCAUCCAUUAUCUCGCUUUUUUUCCAUAACAAGAGAAAAUAUAAACUUUUCUAGUCACAUUCACUCGGGCUUCUUUUUGAAGUUUUUUUACUUGGCUUCUCUCUUCUUUGUCCAAUUCGCCAGCUGCAUUCCACCACCACCCUCUAUCUCUUUUUCUCCCCAUUGAAUUCAUAGCACUCACAAACAGACUACAGAAAUGUCGAGCAACUCUAUCCGCAUUCUCGCAGGCAACUCGCACCCGGCUCUGGCCAAGCUCAUUGCAAAGCGCCUCGGUACCGAUUUGGCCAACGUCACAGUUUCAAAGUACUCGAAUCAGGAGACCGCAGUCACCAUUGGCGAGUCCGUGCGCGAUGAGGACGUUUUCAUUAUUCAAUCUGGAUGUGGUGAAAUUAACGACCACCUGAUGGAGCUGCUUAUUAUGAUCAACGCGUGCAAAACAGCCUCGGCCCGCCGGAUCACCGCCGUUCUCCCGUGCUUCCCAUACGCGCGCCAAGACAAGAAGGACAAGUCGCGCGCGCCCAUUUCCGCCAAGCUGGUAGCCAACAUGCUGACUGUCGCCGGUGCCGACCACGUCAUCACGAUGGAUCUUCACGCCAGCCAGAUCCAGGGCUUCUUCGACCGUCCUGUCGAUAACCUGUAUGGCGAGCCCUCGGUUCUGCGGUAUAUUCGCGAGAACAUUCCCGACUGGAAGAACGCCAUCAUUGUUUCUCCUGAUGCUGGCGGUGCCAAACGCGCUACGUCGAUCGCUGACUACCUUGACCUGGAUUUUGCUCUGAUCCACAAGGAGCGCAAGAAGGCCAAUGAGGUCUCGCGAAUGGUUCUUGUCGGUGAUGUCAAGGAUAAGGUCGCCAUUCUUGUCGACGACAUGGCUGAUACCUGCGGCACCCUCGGUUUGGCUGCAAAGACGCUGAUGGAAAACGGCGCUUCUGCCGUCUAUGCCAUUGUAAUUCACGGCGUGCUUUCGGGAAAGGCCCUCGAUGUCAUUAACGACAGCUUGCUCACCCGCGUUGUCGUUACCAACACUAUCCCUCAUGCCGAGAAGAAGAAGCUGUGCCCCAAGCUUGACACCAUUGAUGUCAGCGCUGUGCUUGCUGAGGCUAUUCGUCGUACUCACAACGGAGAGUCAGUUUCUUAUUUGUUUGGUCAUGCCACUAUUUAAUUGCUUUUAAAAAUUGUUUAGCGUAACUGCUUCUGUCUCGUAAAUAAUAUAUCACAAUCAAC